AUGCUACCGACAUUACAGUUUUUUCUUCUUUUUUUUCCUUCUCUUUUCAUUUGUAAUUCAUUGUCUCUAGUUUUUUUUUUCUUUUUUUUUCCUUCUCUUUUGGCUUGUAAUUCAUUGUCUCUAUUUUUUUUCUGUUUCUUUGAUACUCUUCGUUUAUCUCUUCUUCAACGUAUUCACGUCCUUUCUUCUUCUCUUCCUUUUUCCUUUUCUAUGUCUCAUUUCUCUGUAUUUUUUCCUUCGUUUUCCCCUUUCUUCAUUUUGGCUCUUUUCCUUGACAAUAGCCAUUCUAUAUCUAUCUAUAUUUCUGAGAUGAGGUAUUUUUUUGUUGUUUUUUUUCCUCUUUUUGAUGCUUCAUAUCCUGAUUCGUUUCUUUCUUUCUUCCGUUCUUUCUUUCUUUCGUUCUUUCGUUCUUUCGUUCUUUCUUUCGUUCUUUCGUUCUUUCUUUCUUUCGUUCUUUCUUUCUUUCUUUUUUUCUUUCUUCCUUUCUUUCUUCUUUCUUUCUUUCUUUCUGUCGUUCUUUCUUUCUUCCUUUCGUUCGUUCUUUCUUUCUUUCUUUCUUUCUUUCUUUCUUUCUUUCUUUCAAUCAUUCUUUCUGUCGUUCUUUCAUUCUUUCGUUCUUUCUUUCUUUCUUUCUUUCUUUCUUUCUUUCGUUCUUUUUUCUUUGUUCCUUUCUUUUGUUUCGUUCUUUCUUUUCUUUUUCUUUCUUUCUUUUCUUUCUUUCGUUCGUUCUUUCUUUCUUUCUUUCUUUCUUUCUUUCUUUCUUCGUUUUUUUUCUUUCUUUCUUUCUUCUUUCUUUCUUUCUUUCUUUUCUUUUCUUUCUUUCUUUCUUUUCUUUCUUUCUUUCUUUCUUUCUUUCUUUUCUUUUCUUUCCAAACCUGCAAUGUCAUUGUCGGCCAUUGUGAAUCAGCGCAGCCAAUCAAAAUUCUUUUUUAG